CAUGCGCUCUGCGAACUGCAAACAUCAUGCGUCUGGCGGUCGUCCUCGCGCUGUCAUUCCUAACACCAGGUAACAGUGACCUGCUUCGUGACAGCGUGCAUGUGACGUCAGCGGCCGCGCGGCCUAACAAUGAGCUUUGGUGCUACAAGUGCCGUGCUGAAGAACCCGAGGAUAAGUGCGCGGACCUCCGUCACAACAACUCCGCACUUAUACAGAAAUGCCAUAACGAAAGAAGAAUGUGCAUGGUCAAAAGAUUCUCAUACACAACGUCCAACGAAAAUUCAACAACUGCUCUCAAGAUGUGGGCUUUAGAACGCACCUGUACGAAUCACUGCGACCCGGGAUGCAUCGUUAUCGGCGAAAGAACUAAACUUUACGCUUGCACGUCUUGCUGUACUUCAUCCCUCUGUAAUUAUGGAUCGGGAGCAGAUAAACCAACCUUCCAUCUCCUUGUAUCUAUCUCUCUUCUCAUUAUGUUAUUAAUAUUAUGUCAAUAACCUUAAAAGAUAUGUAGAUAGAUAGUUUAAAAAUUUCAAUCUUUUAAAUAUUUUAAGUAUUUCCUUAUAUUGCAAUGAAUAUGAAGGCAUUAUCAUCUGCCUAAUAUCACUAGCUUUUAAAACCAGACGUGAGAUACUUCAUAAUUUUAGGUGCUUAUGUAAUUUGAUACCUACAUUAGGUAUUAUAGAAAUUUUAAAUGAAUAAAUAAUUUAAUUAACAA